AUGACCAAGCAAAAGUUUGGCCUGACAAUCAAGAAGGAGCAAGACUUUUCGGAGUGGUAUGUCCAGGUAAUAACAAAGGGCGAGAUGCUUGACUACUACGAAAUAAAAGGAUGCUAUGUGAUGCGGCCAGCAGGCCAGUUUGUCUGGAAAUGCAUCCAGAGGUGGUUUACUGAGAGGAUCGAACGCCUUGGCAUCCAGGAGUGCUACUUUCCAAUGCUUAUUCCAAAGUCCAUGCUUGAGAAGGAAAAGGACCAUAUAAAGAACUUCUCGCCUGAGGUUGCAUGGAUAACAAAAUGCGGAGACGAAGUGCUGGAGGACCCAGUUGCAAUCCGCCCCACGUCUGAGACAAUCAUUUACCCGUCGUUUUCGAAGUGGAUCAAGAGCCACAGAGACCUGCCGCUCAAGAUGAACCAGUGGUGCAGUGUUCUACGAUGGGAGCUACAUGGAACACUUCCGUUCAUAAGGGGAAAGGAGUUUCUGUGGCAGGAGGGCCACACUGCAUUUCUGAGCAAGGAGCAGUCUGAUGAGGAGGUUGGAGUGAUCUUGGAUCUGUACUCCAGAAUAUACUCGGAGCUCUUGGCGGUGCCUGUGAUAAAGGGAAGGAAGUCUGAGAACGAGAAGUUUGGCGGCGCAGCAUACACAACAUCGAUUGAAGCGUUUAUACCUGGAUCUGGGCGGGGCGUUCAGGCAGCAACAUCGCAUUCGUUGGGCCAGAACUUUUCGAAGAUGUUUAACAUCAAGGUUGAUGCCGAUGAUGGGCAGGAUGAUGGAUAUGCAUAUGUGUACCAGAAUUCAUGGGGAAUAACAACACGAUCUAUUGGAAUAGCAGUGAUGAUACAUUCAGAUGAUAUGGGGCUUGUUCUUCCGCCAAAGGUUGCAAUGGUGCAAGUGGUGAUUGUGCCGUGUGGAAUAACAGCAGCGAUGCCUGAAUCUGAUGGAAGAAAGCUUGAUGAGUAUGUUGAUAGGCUGUACUGCCGGCUGAAGGAUGUAGGCAUCAGAGUGCAUGUUGAUGACAGAAGCAAUGUGACUGUUGGGUUCAAGUUUAACCACUGGGAGAUACGAGGAGUGCCGUUGAGGCUGGAGGUUGGUCCAAAAGACAUGGAGAAGAGCGAGGUAUGUGUAGUGAGAAGAGACACACGAAAAAAGAAGCAGGCAAGUGCAGACAGAAUAUCUGAGGCGGUGGCUGAUGAAAUUGAGGCGAUGCAUGCGGAAAUGCUUGCAAAAGCCACUGCGGAGCGUGACAGCAGGAUUGCACAGGUAGGUAACUUUGAUGAGUUCUUGAGUGCUCUUGACAAGAAGAAUAUUGUGAUGGCGCCGUGGUGCUGCGAUGGAGAAUGCGAAAUGGAGAUUAAGUCAAGGAGCAUGAAGGUUGAUCCUAACGGGAAUGUAACAGCUACAGGAGCAAAGACAUUGUGCAUUCCAUACGAAGCUGAAGCAUGUGAUGGGAUGAAAUGUGUAUAUUGCGAUAAGCAAGCGAUGAAGCGUACCUUGUUUGGAAGGAGCUAUUGA